UCUGUUUAUAUAUCGGGAAACACGUGCUAAUGACGUUUACAAUUGUGUGUGUGGUAGUCGAAUUAAAAUAAUGGUAUUUAAUUGAAGUUUAACUCUGUUAUACGACCAAAGAACUCAUGGAUACAAUAGUGGAAAGACAACCAAUAAAAAGUUUAAAAGAAUUGCUGGAAUGGAAGAGACCGGAAUGUGAUUUUCGUCUAGAAAAGUUGAGAAAGAGAAUAAAAGUGAAAGAAGGACCAAAGAUAUUAGUUUGCCAUGACAUGCAAGGAGGAUAUUUAGAUGAUAGAUUUCUUCAAGGAACUGAAAAAGAAAGUAAUUAUAGAUUCUUUCAUUGGACAAACAUACAUGCUUUCAUUUACUUCAGCCAUUAUUUUGUUACAAUUCCUCCUCAAGGAUGGAUUUCUGCUGCACAUAAGAAUGGUGUUCUAUCAUUAGGUACUGUAAUUACAGAAUGGGAUGAAGGAGAAAAAUUAUGCAACGAAUUGUUUAAAUCGGCGAAAACUCAAACAUUAGCCGCUUGUAAAUUAGAUGCCAUAGCAAGGUUUUAUGGGUUUGACGGAUGGCUUCUUAACAUUGAAAAUAAAUGUCAGAAUACCAAAGAUUUAGAAAAUUUUGUUAACAUUUUGACUGAGAUAUGUCAUACAAAUAAUCCAGAUUCUCUCAUAAUAUGGUAUGACAGUGUCGUAACAACUGGAGAAUUAAAAUGGCAGAAUGAAUUGAAUGCAUCUAAUAAAACGUUUUUUGAUGCCUGCGAUGGAAUUUUUCUAAAUUAUAACUGGAGUGAUGAAACAUUGAAAAAUUCUGCAAUUACGGCAGAUUCUAGGAAAGACGAUGUCUACGUCGGAAUUGAUGUUUUUGGGAGAGGAUGCCUUGGUGGUGGAGGAUUUAAUACCGAACUUGCAAUGAAAGAAGUGAAAAAUUAUGAUUUGUCUAUUGCUAUUUUUGCACCCGGUUGGGUUUACGAAACAUUAGAUAAAGAGAAAUUUUUAGAAAAUCAAUAUAAGUUUUGGGAAUUAUUAAAUGAUUACUGCCCUAUUUACGCCAUUGCAGAACUGCCAUUUUCUACUUCUUUUUGUCAAGGAUUUGGAAAUAAAUUUUAUCGUAGAGGAAAGGUAAUUAGCGAAAAGCCAUGGUAUAAUCUAAGCCUCCAACAAAUUCAGCCUUCAUUCCAUUGGACCCAGAGUUGCUGUGAUAAGAAUAAUUGUAGUUGCAUUCACGUCAAAGAUGCUUAUAAUUCUGGUGGGUGUCUGGAAUUAAAAAGUCAAAAUUCUGCACAAAGAUUCAGAUUAUUUUUAACUAAUUUUGAAAUCAGUUCUUCUAUAUUAGUCAUUUAUACAUAUAAAUUAAUUAUCCCAACAACCGACAUCAGUAUUGUUCUCCAGAUUAAGAAUAGUGAAGUUUGUUAUGAAGUCUGUUGUUCUGGAAGAGAUUGGACAAGUGACGGUAUGGAAAUUCUGCCAAAAAAACGCAUAAAAGGAAAUGCGAAAAUGUUGUCUCCGUUAUCUGAAGAUGAAAUUAAUAAAUUAAAUUGCUCAAAUGUUAACUUCAGAAAUGAGGCCGAAAAUAAUUGGAUUACAAGAGUAUUUUAUAUGGAUUUCCAAGAGUUUAAAAACAGUGCGAUAACCGAAAUAGCUGCUGAGACAAAAAAUAACUCCGGAAACUCAGAUAAUUAUUCUGUUUUGAUUGGUCAAGUUCAGAUACUUCCAGUUUCAAACAGUACCAAAAUGCAGUGCUUAAAUCUACAAAGAAAUAUUUGUUUAGAAGAAAAUUGCAUCAGAGUCGACUGUUUUCUAACGUGGAAACCCAAAUUAUCGGAAAUGCAAGAAAAUAGUUAUGAUGUAUUCUGUUUUUGUAAUGAGAAGAAAUAUUAUAUUGGAACAACUAAGGAGUGUUUCUAUUAUGUGAAUGACUUUUGUCUCUCUGAAAUCUGUAAAGAAUUUAAGUUCUGUGUAAUGUCACAAAACAGUGAAGAAUGUUAUUUUACAGAAGUGCUGACAAAUGAAUAAAAGUAAGUUAUUUUCAAGCAAAUUAUUAAGAAUAGAUGACAAUUUUUUUCAAUAACAGCAUUAAUUUUAUCAAUAUAAUGGUUGCAAAGUCUCUGUAUCUAGUAUAUGCUAAUUAGAAGUUAUACACAUGCUCCUCUUCAUUCUUUAUACAAAUCUGAAUUGUUUUGUUAUCUUUUUUGGACCUUGACAAUUGGAAGUUGUUAAAACAGUCUUUAAUAAACUGUAAAUUCAAACUAAGCUUACUUUCCAAAACAAUUGGCUUAAAUUUUAAUUUACAAAGUUCCUAGGGAUGUUUAAAUAGGCCAGU